UAUUGAUAUAACUGAGAAAGCAUUUUAGUUCCAUGUUUCGCCGUUCUGGUUCAGCGCUAACCACUGUGCGUAACAUUCCGCCCAGUGGAACCGCAAAAAAUAUGCAAAAAUAUGAGAAGCUUGAAAAAAUAGGAGAAGGCACUUAUGGAACGGUGUUUAAGGCGAAAAAUCGUGAAACACACGAGAUAGUUGCUCUCAAACGAGUUCGUCUCGAUGAAGAUGACGAGGGUGUUCCCUCAUCAGCUCUUCGAGAAAUUUGCCUGCUCAAAGAGUUGAAACACAAAAACAUAGUUCGUCUCUACGAUGUACUUCACAGUGACAAAAAGCUUACACUCGUAUUCGAGCAUUGUGACCAGGAUCUUAAGAAGUAUUUUGAUAGUCUUAACGGCGAAAUAGAUCUGGACGUUGUCAAAUCUUUCUUGUAUCAAUUGCUUUGCGGCUUAGCUUUUUGUCACAGCCGUAAUGUGUUACACAGAGAUCUCAAACCACAAAAUUUACUUAUCAACAAGAACGGCGAGUUGAAAUUGGCAGAUUUUGGCUUAGCUAGAGCUUUUGGUAUACCUGUUAAAUGUUACUCAGCCGAGGUUGUCACUCUCUGGUAUCGUCCGCCAGAUGUUCUCUUUGGAGCAAAACUUUACACAACGUCCAUAGAUAUGUGGAGCGCGGGAUGUAUAUUCGCUGAAUUGGCGAAUGCAGGCAGACCACUAUUUCCGGGGUCAGAUGUGGAUGAUCAGUUGAAAAGAAUAUUCAAAAUGUUGGGAACACCGACCGAGGAAACCUGGCCAGAUUUGACAACUCUCCCGGAUUACAAAUCAUUUCCUCGUUACCAUGUUUCUCAAGGACUCGCUCAAGUCACUCCGAAACUGACAAUCAGAGGCAAAGAUCUACUUCAGAGAUUAUUAGUUUGCAAUCCAGCUCUUCGGUUAUCAGCAGAAGGAGCAAUGGCACAUCCUUAUUUUAGCGACUUAAACCCGGCCCUCAAAAACGACCGAUGCCAAUAACGCGUUUUUAUUUAUAAAUAGUUCGACUGACUGCACGUAGCGCGCAUAGCGCAGUGACCAAAAGAUAAAUGAACAUUUCAUAUGAACGAAUAUAUGAGAAACAAAAAAAACCGUUAACUGCUAAAAGAGAAAGCAAAAACAACAGUCCGGUAAAGAUUGUUUAUUAUACUGAGCGCUCGGUGCGUUAAUCAAAUUGCGAGGAUUAUUCGAAAGUCCUGUUUUAUAUACAAUUGUCCAAAGAUAAUGAAUAAAAAUCUCAAUUUUGCCACGAAAAA